AAUUUUGUUGGAUGUAUUGUUGUUAACACGAUUCACUUUUCUUUUAUAUUAUUGUAACAUUAAAUGGAUGUUAAUUCGUGUACAUAUGCUGUUAUUAAUUUUGCAGACCUGUAUAAUUGUUAUAAAAAAAAUAUUUCUAAUUAUUUUGCAAUUAUAGUCGCAAAUAUACAUUUUUUUCUUAAUGUAUAAAAAAUUAUUAAAUAAAUAUUUUUGGAAAUUAUAUGAUUGUAAGACGUAUUGGUUAUGUAAAUAGUGACCGGUAUCGAGAGCAAAUACAAGAUAAAGUAUUUUCAAUGUGAUUUAUUUUCUCGAAAGAAAGAUUGAUAGAUCGAGAUCUAGAUGAGUAGUGUCAAAAAUAUGAACAACAGUUUCUAAUUUCUUCCCCGAUUUCUUCACAUUUAGAUAAAUUUUCGAUAACUUUAUCAAAAAAAUAUCUCCUAGAAUCAGUUUUUUUCAUCUUUGUAAGGUCUAACUGACAGAUUUAUCUUCUACCUGAAGUAGCAAAUAUCUAACAGAUAUUGUACUAGUGCAGCAAUGCAGCUAAAAAGAACAGAUAUGUCAGUGUUCCAAUGUGCUCCAACGUAACUUAAAAAAUUAGAAGAGUACGUAAUUGAUGCUGACUUGAUAAAAACAAUAAUAUAUUUGUUAAUGAAUGUCAAUAUGUUUGAAUUUGAUGAUGAUGAAGAUAAUGCUGUAUUUAUGGAAAGAAGACCAUACAUGAUAAGAAAUAAUUUGAAUAAUUUUCAAGUGUGGGAUGUAUGACACAGAAUUUUUCCAACAAUUUUGUCUGAAAAAGAAUACAGUGCUCGAAUUAUUGCACGCAAUUGAAGACCAAUUCUUAGUAUUUUGGAACAUGUAUUCGGUUGAAAUAAUAAAGUUAAUUUAUGAGAUAAUAUCAUUACUUAAUGAAUAGUUAUUUGAAAAAUUUAUAUGUAAUUCCUGAUUUCAUUUUAUGAAAAGUAUAAAUUUCCAAGGGUAAUUGGUUGCAUCGAUGGAACACAUAUUAGAAUACAAUCUUCUGGUAAGUUAAAAUGAAAUAUAAAUUGGAAAUACUAUAUUUACUUCAUGCAACACCGAAAGAUUACAUAAAUAUUAUAUAGAUUUUAUACUUAUUGUAAAAUUUAGAAUUAUUUAUUUUAAGCAAUAAUAUUUAUAAUAAAUAUUUUCAGAAGGUAAACACGCAGAAGAAUUCAGAAAUUAAAAAGAAUCUUUUCUUUUAAGUUUGUAUGCGAGUGCGCCGCUUGUGUCGGCGCGAGUGCCGGAACCGCCCAGCGCUGAGCGCGGAGUGCGUGUCGUGUGAAUUCAGAAAUUCACUUGAGGAUGAGAUUAGAUGAGGUGGAUCAUAAAUGACACUCUUACAGAUCAACUUUACCAACUUUAUUAUGUGUUUCACCUCUCACUGAACGAAUACACAGAGUGCACGCUCGCGCGGAAUUGAGAUUGAGAUUCGGACGUACGCGAAGACGACGAGAUGUGAGCGAUCGGAAAUCUUCCUUGCACGAUGAUAGGCUGCCGAAGAGAAAAGCGCGUCGGAAAUCUUGUUAAGCGUGGCGAUGCACGCUUUCGCGACGGAAAUCUUGCGAUCGCGAUCGACGGAUAUCUUGUCGCGCAGCAGCCGUGCAAUCACGAACGCGACGUCGUCAACCGGUUAAUGAGAUGGUCGUACUGUCGAUAUCUCUGCUUGAUCUCUCAACCCGCGAUUGCGCGCAAAAUAUAACACUAAAUGAACAAUUAAUCGAAAAACAAAGCGAACUUCGACGUAUUUCGACGCACCGCAAUAGGCACUCGCGAUCCCGAGAUAGAGAGAAACAGCGCGGGAUCGUGAAUACUUGAAAUUUGAAUGAAUUGCGCGAAGCGCGAAGAAUGAUCUUGGCGGGCGGUAGCAGGCGCAAGACUGGCUGCGGAGGAUCGCUCCGAGAAAUCGGGCGCCUCCACACCAUCCGAUCAAAUCGCUUACAGUGCGUGGCGAUCACUCACCACGCAGCUGCUGAUCUGCGGAGGACCACGCGAUCCUCCAUCGAGAGAAUCACGCGGUCCUCCACCGAGGAGCAUGACGCUCAGAAACUGCGGUUCGAGACGGCCGGCGUGAUAUUAUUGUGUUCCCGCUCGUCCCCUGCUAAAUCUUAUUGACAUGCUGUGAACAUGUCAUCAGCAAGCGCGACGAAUUCAAGGGACGGAAAAUUUGAAAGGGAAAAUCAAAUCCCGAACAAAGUUUGUGAUCAUAAAAAGAGAAUUAUAGAUAUUGUGGCUAGGUGACCAAAUUCUGUUCAUGACGUAACAAUCAUUCAAUAUAGUUGAUUACGUUAUAGAAGAUUAGAGGAAGGCAAAUUUUAUAUGAGAAUAUUACUUAACGAUAGUGGAUAUCCAAUAAAAAAUAUUUUAUUCCUCUUUUGUAACUAAUUACUGCAGCUAAAAACAGUUCAUGUAUAACAAUGCUCAUGUACAAACAUUAUUAAAUGGUUAUUUGGAAGUGUGAAAGUGUUUUAGGUAUGGAAAUUAAAAUACAGAUUCUACAAGACUACAAUAUAACUAAUAGCGUCACUUUAUAAAAAUCGUGUCGGAAAAAUUACUUAUAAGUAAUAUAAUAUAUCUAUUAUAAUUUAAUUUUUAUAUCACAUUUUCUUUAUAACUUCUUUGAUAUCCUACUUUAGCACUUAUUACAUAUAUUUUUUAUAGAUUACAAAAUUAAAACCUGCCAAACAGUUUUCUAGGAAGUCUCUGAGAACAUAAAGUCCGUUAUCAACUACUGUAAAUAAAAAAAGAGUAUCAGUUUAACAAAUUUUACUACGAUCUUACUGUACUACAUAAUUGUAUACUAUAAAUUGUAUAUAUAUGAAUUGUAUCGUAUGUAUAAAUAUGAAUAUUAAAUGUAUGAUUAAAUGUAUUAUUUUUUUCAAAACUUUCCAAAAUAUACAAUUAACAGUGGGUUGAAAAAACUUGUUCUCUUGACAAAUAUAACUUUACUUCACUGGCAACAUGAUAAUUAAUAAUAACAUUCCCGGACUUUUUACUAGUACUGUCGAAAAUUAUUAGUAUUAAGAAUAGCUAUUCAUUAGAUAUGUAACAACAAGUUUUAGUGAAGAAAACAAAUUUUUAGUUAUCCGAUAAAUAUCUUUAUCUGAAAGAUAGUUAUCAAAAGGUAUAAAGAAAUCGGGCAUUAAUUGGACCCAAUUCCAUAAUUUAACCGAAGUUUAAUUAACCAUUUUCAAUAGAAAAAUUUGUUUUAUAUAAAACAAAUUUAUCUAUUGGAUACAGUCAGUUAAACUCCGAUUAAAUUAAAUGUAGAACUGGAUUUCAGUUGUUACUGAAAUCUGAUAAUCUCAAGUGCUUAUAACUCGCAUAUAAUAAUACAUGAUCGUGUUUAUUUGGCGCGAGCCAUUCUCUUGAUCCUUAGCAAAUAGUGCUGACAAGACGAGAAUUUCAAGAUUUUGUCUUGGCUUGUCUUAAAACCAUUCACUACUUAUAAAAUUACUUGGAAAUUACAAAAUUACUUUUAAAUUUAUGCUAAAUGCAAGCUCGUUUGCUAUUGAAUUUUAUUGUUUACUAAUAAUAUACAAAAUUUUAAUAUCUAAUUAUUUAAUAAUCUAAUUAUUUAAUUGUUCAGUCUAAUCAUCGUUUGUAACAGGAAAUAUAGAUAAAUGUCUUUUUCGUAGUAUUUUGUGUGUGUGUGUGUGUGUGUGUGUUGUGCAAUGCGUGUGCGUAUGGUUAUUACAUAUAACUAUGUAUGUAAAUAUAAAUAUAUAUGUAAUAUUGGUGGUUUUAAAGAUGUUGUUCUUCAUUGAUACCGUUGAAUUUUGUUCGAACAGUCGUACGAGAAGUACAUUUGUUAAAAUAAGUUAAAAUAAUUAAUAGUAUGGCACAAGUAGAGUCUAAUCAUUAUAUUCCGGAAAAAAUGGCUAAUUUUACAGAUGCACAAAUAAUAAAGUGGCCAUUCCUUUCUUCGCCGAUACCAAUAAUUUUUAUAUCGCUAGUCUAUAUAUAUAUCGUCUACUUUAUUGGACCGCAAUUUAUGAGAAAUAGACAACCGUACUCUUUGAAAACGUUUAUGCAGUGUUAUAACUUUUUUCAAAUUAUUGCAAAUUCUUGGCUAGUGUUUAAUAUUGUGACAACUGGUGGAUCGUUUGAUGCCAUAUGGAGAUAUUGUGAGCCAUUUGAUAAACUUUACGCAAAUAACACUGAAAAGCAACUCGGAAAUCUAUGGUGGACACUAUUACUUAAAAUAAUUGAUUUUAUUGAAACUAUAGUUUUUAUAUUGAGAAAAAAAGAUCGCCAGAUCUCAUAUUUACACACGUACCAUCAUGUUACUGUAGUUAUUCAUGUAUGGUUGACGCUCAGAUACUUUAUCGUUAGUUUUGCCAUGACUGCAACUGUGGUCAAUUCUUCUAUACACGUGAUAAUGUAUUCUUAUUAUUUUUUGAGUACUUUUGGACCAGAUAUGCAACAAAGACUUCUACCGUUCAAGAAAAAUUUUACUGUUAUACAAAUGGUACAGUUUAUAAUUUUCCUGUUAAUUGGUGUGCAAGGUUUGAUGCCUAACUGUGAUAAUAAAAAUAUGAUAUACUUUUCUGCCAUAUCAUUUAUUAAUGUCAUGAUAAACUUGUUAUUCUUUUUAAAUUUUUAUAUUUCUUCUUACAAAAAAUCAAAAAAAUCAAUUUAAUUAUUAAGUACAAUUUUGUUGAAUGUAUUUCGUUGUUAACUUAACAAGAUUCACUUUUCUUUUAAAUUAUUGUAACAUAUGAAAUGUAUUAGUGCGUGUAUAUAUGUGUCGUUAUUGUUUUAAAAAUUUUCUAUGUAUUCCUCAUAUAUGGUGUAUAAUGCAAAAUGUACAAUACAGUGUUUCGUAAAGAAUUCGACACACCCAUAUAAUAUAGAAAAUUGCAGAAAGAUUGCAACAUUGUAAAAAUAAAAUGAAAUGAUGCUAAUUAGCAACUAUACAAUGUCUAUUUUUAGAAACAUUGCAUACGAUAUUAUAAUAAAACACCUCUUUAAUAAUAUUUAAUAAUAUUAUAAUAAUUAAGACUUUUAAUUUGAACAAAUACUCUAAGGGAUAUAUAUGUAUGCAAAUGCCAAAAAUUAAAAGAAAACAA